CAUGAGACCCCUCGUCAAACGGGACACAAAAAUCGAUCAAUCAGCUGUCAAACCGAUUUUUCUUAAUAGUGUACACCCAUCUUUACCUUUCUCUACUUCCGUGAUUCUUUUAGCAAUCUGUCACCAAAAUGACCAAAAAAAGGCGUAACGGAGGACGUUGCAAGCACAACCGCGGUCAUGUUAAGGCUGUCCGAUGCACGAACUGCGCCCGUUGCGUUCCGAAGGACAAGGCAAUCAAGAAGUUUGUGAUUCGAAACAUUGUCGAGGCUGCCGCUGUUCGGGAUAUUUCGGAUGCUUCCGUGUACACUGCAUAUGUGUUGCCCAAACUAUACGCUAAGCUGCACUACUGCGUGUCGUGCGCAAUCCAUUCGAAGGUUGUGCGCAACAGAUCGAAAGAAGCCCGUCGAAUCCGUACGCCACCGCAGCGAGCUUUCCCGAAGGAUAUGAAUCGGCAGUCGAAUGCUCAACGCAAGUAAAAUGGUCGUUGGCAGAGACCGUAGCUUCAAUCGCUUUCGUGGGUGAUAGUCGUUGAUCUUCGACCGGCUAAUGUCUACAGAAGCAGAUGUAAUGCGGUGAAACAUUAAUUUGUAUUUUGUUUGGUAAGAUUACCUACAACUGGGAAAGUAAUUCGAAAAUAGAUUCAAAUCUAUACCAAA